UAUAUAUCCUUCCUAUUUAUCUAUAUAGCCUAUAAUUCCAUAGAUAAAAGACAAUAACAUUUAAAAAUGGCCAAAGUUGGUUAGACAUUUCACAAAAGAGCAAAUCUAAGUGCAGAAAAUAAAUUAAUUAGAAGGUAAAUUAAUUUUAAAAAGAUUGUGUACUUUGGUUUAUUAAGCCACAACUGCUAUAGAAACCAAAUACCUCUAAUUGUUAUAAUUCUGAAGUAUAAUGUUAACUAUCUUAGGGUCAUUGAUGUUGUACUUUAUGAAGUGACAUCACUUCAUAUGACCCUAAAAUGACACCAAUGUUUUACUUGCCACUAGAAUCAUCAGAAGACAACAGCUAGUAAGUUUCACCAUGUUUCUUAGCUCAUUAAGUCAAUUGAGAUGCCAUUGUUAAUACAUAGUUUAAAAUGAGUAGUAUAUUUAGACUGUUCUAUACAGUCUUAAUUUUAUUUCUGUGACUUACCUCUAAUACCAGAUAACAAAAAUAAGAAUUAAAAAGUUAGUGCUUUCUGUUGACUAUACAUUAAAUUAACAAAAUUGUAAAUAAUUCAGAAGGCAUUAUCUGUUAUUUGUCUGCUAAGAUUAUUAUAAUACUAUAUAAAUGAAUAGUAAGAAGUAAAACUCUUGGUAAAUAAACAUUGAACUUAAUAUGAACAGUAAUUUAUAAAUGAAAAUGAAUCACAUUUUUCUUUCCAUUCUUCUAUAUAAACCCACCAAGUAGAAUUGAAAAGCCAUAGUAACUAAACAAAUAAACAAACAAACAAAAAACCAUAGUAAAAGCCAUUUUAAACACAUGACUUUCAGAAAGCUGUAAAUUGCUUGUUGGUGGUGUGGUAAAGCUGAGCCUAUUGGAAAGUGUCUCCUUGCAGUAUUGUCUUUUUCUCCUUGACACAAUAUAACAUCCAUUGUGACUUGUAUGUGAGGGAGAUAUGUAACUUUGGUUACUAGUUAUUAUGCAUCCUCUCUAUAUGCAGUCAGAGUGCUAAAAGCAGAAAUGAAAUAUUAGGAAUAGUUUAUUUCUUUCUACCUUUUUCUCAUUCCUUCCUCUUGCUUGGGCAUUCAUUCAUAUUCAUUCACACAUUUAUUUGAUGAACAUUUUCUUGGGCAAAAGUUGUGUGCCAGACAUUAUAAAAUUGAAUAAAGCAUGGACCUUGCCUUCAUGGAUUUUGUAGUUUUAUUUCAUAUGUAAUAUUUCAUUCUAAACAUUAGAAUCCCAACUAUUUCUCUCCUUAGGCUUAAAUUCUGUACCUUUAAAAAUGAGGUUUAGAUUCCUUUGUGAAGAAAGAGUUCCUUUCUAGGAUGUUUUAAAAUUCCAAGCAUAUGGAAUGCUUUAGAUUCUUUUGGAAGAGAGUAGGGAGCAUGUCUAAGAGGUGUCUGUAAGGAAUCCUCUUUCAUCAAGGAGUUAAAUAGGCCAGAAGUGUUUAUCAAGUGAAUUCCACAGUGUUUAUAAUGGAAAGUGGAAUUUAGUAUUCUGUAAAAAUCAAUAAAGAUCCAUUUAUGUUUACUCCACUUUGGACAUUUUCUCCCUGAAAUAUUUCAGUGAUGUAAUAAAGCAGUGAUAUGACCCAUUCAUGUUAAGUUCCCAUGAUUUAGCUGCAUUCAUUGUGAGGAAUAAGGCACAAAAAUGGUGAUUUUUAUGGCAACUUAUAAACUGCAGUCAGUUAUUUCAUCUAUAGUGCUUUUAGUUGAAUCUCUAAGGAAAAAUUUUUAUUUUGUUUAGAAAUAAUUUUUUAUACUAUAGUGUUAUAUAUAUGGCAGGACUGAAAAAAGGGAGAAGGCCUUCAAAUCCUAUAAACUCUUCGAUGUCUGUGUUUCUCCACAUGGUAUUUUACUGUUAAAUAUUUGACAGGAAUUGAUUAUGGAUUAAGUUUACCACUUGGGGAAGACUAUGAGCGGAAGAAACAUAAACUAAAAGAGGAAUUGCGGCAAGAUUACAGACGCUAUCUUACUCAGGAAAGGUUGAAACUUGAACGCAACAAAGAAUACAAUCAGUUUCUCAGGGGUAAAGAAGAAUCCAGUGAAAAAUUCAGACAGGUAGAAAAGAAUACUGAGCCCAAGAGUCAAAGAAAUAAAAAACCUGUAAGUCAAUUUAAGCCUGAUUUAUCUUCACAAAUACAAACAUCUUGUGAAAAUUCGGAGGGUCCUAGGAGAGGUGUCUUAACUCCUUCAGAGGCAUAUGAAGAGCUUUUGAACCAAAGGCGACUGGAAGAGGACAGAUAUCGACAACUAGAUGAUGAAAUUGAAUUAAGGAAUAGAAGAAUUAUUAAAAAAGCUAAUGAAGAAGUGGGCAUUUCCAAUACAAAACAUCAAAGGUUUGCAAACAAGCCUGGCAUUCCAGAUAGAAGAUUUCAUAGAUUUAAUGAGGAUCGUGUUUUUGAUAGACAAUAUUAUAGACCAGACCAAGAUCCUGAAGUAAGUGAAGAAAUGGACGAGAGGUUUAGAUUUGAAAGUGAUUUUGAUAGAAGAUUUUUGAGAGUGUAUCCAAAUGACAGGAUGCACGGGAACAGACAAGGGAAUGUGCCUCCUAUGGAGUAUGAUGGUGAUGUGACAGAACAGUCAAACAUACGAAUUUCAUCUGCUGGAAAUAAAAGCCCUCGGGACAAUGAACCACCCAAAUCUGCUAAUCAAGAGAUCUGUAGUCCUUUUGCGGGGAUGCUCUUUGGAGGUGAAGAUCGAGAACUUAUUCAGAGAAAGAAAGAGAAAUAUAGACAAGAACUAUUGGAACAAAUGGCUGAGCAACAGAAAAACAAGAGACGAGAAAAAGAUUUAGAACUCAGGGUUGCAGCUUCUGGAGCACAAGACCCUGAGAAAUCGUUAAGUAAGGAAGAGCCUGAUAGACUAAAGCAGUUUCGUGUGGCACCAAGACACUUUGAAGAGACGAUACCACCUGAGAGACCCAGAGUAGCUUUCCAGACACCUCUCCCUCCUUUAUCUGCCCCAUCUGCCCCACCCAUGCCAUCAGUUCCCUUGGGGCCUUCUCAAAAUGAAGAUUUGCACAAUGGAUUCAACUGUGCACUUGGUGAAAUGGUGCCUCCCAGGAUUGGACCUUUGCCUCCACCUCACCUACUACCACCUUUGGCUACUAACUUUCGAACUCCUUAUGAUGAUGCAUACUAUUUUUAUGGGGCCAGAAAUACUUUGGAUCCCAGUCUUACUUAUUAUGGUUCAGGAAUGAUGGGAGUACAGCCUACAGCUUAUGUUAGUGCUCCUGUCAUCCAUCAACCAGCACAACCUAUUGUGAAUACGAUUGGACAGAAUGAACUGAAAAUUACAAAUGAUCAUGCAAUAAAUUCAGGAUUGGUUUUUGAAGAUAAACCAAAACCUUCCAAACAGUCACUUCAGUCUUACCAAGAGGCUUUGCAGCAGCAGAUUCGGGAAAGAGAAGAAAGAAGGAAGAAAGAACGUGAAGAAAAAGAAGAAUAUGAAGCUAAAUUAGAAGCUGAAAUGAGAACCUACAACCCCUGGGGAAAAGGUGGAGGUGGUGCUCCUCUCAGGGAUGUGAAAGGAAAUCUGAUAACUGAUUUGAAUAGGAUGCACAGACAAAAUAUAGAUGCCUACCAUAACCCAGAUGCAAGAACAUAUGAAGAUAAAAGGGCUGUUGUAUCUCUAGACCAAAAUUUAGCCACUUCAAAUGCUGAGAACCUAGAGGAUUCUGCAAAUAAAAACUCAGGUCAUAUGCAAUCACAGUGCUCUCCUUUUGCUCGGGGAAAUAUAUUUGGUGAGCCUCCAACUGAACUUCAGAUUAAACAGCAAGAAUUAUACAAGAAUUUUCUUCGUUUCCAGAUUGAGGAAAAGAAACAAAGAGAGGAAGCAGAGCGAGAGAGACUGAGAAUUGCAGAAGAAAGAGAAGAGAGGCGGCUUGCAGAACAGCGGGCACGCAUUCAGCAAGAAUAUGAAGAGGAACAGGAAAAGAAGAGAGAGAAAGAGGAGGAGCAAAGGCUAAAAAACGAAGAGCUUAUUCGGUUAGCUGAAGAAAGGCGAAAAGAAGCAGAAAGAAAGAAGAAGGAAGAAGAAGAAAAACAUAACCUACAACUUCAGCACUACUAUGAAAGAGAAAAUAUAAUUGGGGAAGACACAAAGCACUUGAGACAGCCUUCUCCUGUAGUUCCUGCUCUUCAGAACAAAAUUGCAAGCAAACUCCAAAGACCUCCUUCUGUUGACAGCAUCAUAAGUUCCUAUAUUCAUGAAAAUUCCAUGUCCAGGCCACAGUCUCCUCCAGUACCUGCCAGGAAAAAUCAGCUCCGUGCAGAAGAGGAGAAAAAAAAUGUAAUUAUGGAAUUAUCAGAAAUGAGAAAACAACUUCGUAGUGAAGAGAGGCGUCUACAAGGGCGGUUGCUACACAUGGACAGUGAUGAUGAAACUCCUAUAAGGAAAAGAGAAAGGAAUCCCAUGGAUAUAUUUGACAUGGCUAGACUUCGGUUGCAAGCUCCUGUCAGAAGACAGUCACCUAAGGGCUUAGAUGCUAUCACUUUUCAGAAUAUUCAUGAUUUUAAUGAGCUAAAAGAUAGAGAUUCAGAAACACGAGUUGAUCUGAAAUUUAGGUACCCAGAUCCUCCAAGAGAUCAUCACACCUUAGAGAUUCAGCAGCAGGCUCUACUAAGAGAGCAGCAGAAGAAGCUGAAUAGAAUAAAAAUGCAGGAAGGUGCUGAAGUUGACUUAGAUGCCAUCCCAAGUGCUAAAGUACGAAAGCAAAGAAUGCCCACAGAUGACACUGAUGAUUUCUUGAAAAAUUCAUUGUUGGAAUCUGAUAGUGCUUUUAUUGGUGCUUAUGGUGAGACAUAUCCUGCCAUUGAAGAUGUCCUCCCUCCACCAUCACAGCUACCCUCUGCGAGAGAGCGCAGGAGAAACAAAUUGAAAGGACUGGACUUUGAAAAUGAUAACUAUUGUCCUGAUGUACCACCAGAUGGUCUCUCUUUAAAAUCUGUGUCCAGUAUAAACAUUGACCAGAUUAGAAUGAGAAAUGAGGAACGAAUGCGUAGACUGAAUGAACUUCAGAACAAACCUAUUAAUACAGAUGACGAAGAGAAUUCACUGGUUGACCCUGAUGACAUCAUGAAACACACGGGGGACGAUGGAUCAAACUCUGUAGCAACUGAGCCCUGGCUCCGCCCUGGCACCUCAGAAACAUUGAAACGCUUCAUGGCAGAGCAGCUGAACCAGGAGCAGCAGGAGGUUCCUAGAAAACCAGGCACUUUCACGUGGCAAGGCCUGUCUACUGCACAUGGUUAAAAUAAAUGUUUUGGACCCAGUAGUGCCUUUUCAGGUUUCUAGAGGUUGAAGAAAGGAGAGAGGUAAAACACCCAGGGGUCAAGGACAGAGACUGGAAUCUUUGUUCCCCCACCAUGGACCCUUGGAUAAGGUCACCAGGUCCCAAGGCUCAGCUGUCUGCUUGCUCCUGCCACUGCCCCUUUUCUGCCCUGCACCACAAAGCCACCUGGUCAAAGGCAGAGAUCAGUCAAGAGUCUUACUUCAAAAGCCUCUGCUGGACCUCCUCCCAGGCACUAACCCGGCUCUCGUCCAUGUACAUCCGGAAGAGAAUGCGCAGCCCACAGGCCAGGCUGCUGGUCUCCUGCUUCAGAAGGUUGGGCUUGGACUUGCCUUUGAAGCCUGCAGAAGGGGGAAGUUACUGGGAUUAGUUUGGGAAGACAGCGCACAUAAAGGCAAAACAGCCCGUACACAGGCACGCUGUGUAUGCGCUCAGCUGUGGACACCUGCUGCCUACACAGUGGAGCUGCCCUGAGCCACCGAGGCCUGCACCUGGGGCACACGGAGGCGAUUUCUGUUUACAAUCCCACCCUCGCCUACCCUUGAAGCUGAAGAUAUAAAACAACUUGUGGCCUGGGAAAGUGGAACCCUUCAAGUGAAACUGCACUUGCGGCCCCACAGACAACGCUGCAGGAGGCGCGGCGUGCUCUGCCCACCGCAGGGCUCCCGGAGGAACGGGCAGGGGGCGACACCUAGUGGAUGAGACUGGUCAGGUGGGUGUGGAAACAAGAAGCAUCUGGUCACCUCAGCAUGAAUAGUCCCAGUCAAAUGGUGGCAACAACUUGGGUUGAAGAAAGGGGAAAAAAAUAAGUAGACACUACUCUUUGCAGAAGUUAGGUUGUAAAGGGAAGAAAAAGAACAGAGCUGUUUUAAAUAAAAUAAGCAAACACAAGCAUCUAA